AUGGUCUGGCCGGAUCAAUCACGGCAGUCCUUCCAUGGCAUGACAACAGAAGGCUAUGCUGCUCGGUUUAUCAAAGCCAUGCAGUCGCUGCUUGAUGAGAGGGAUGCCUCCAAAAUUGAUACCUUGGCCCAGCGACUGAGCCCUUUCAGAAUUGACCUGCAACACAAACAUGUUCUGGACACUCUGACGAUUGAGCCCACGCUCGUGUUCGAGGAAAACCAACAACCGGCACAGAUUGACACUCUGGAUCCAAGUUGCCUGUCGUACAUGACUCCAAACAGAAGCGUCUGUUCGCGAGGCAAUCAGGAUGAUACGACCGGACCGACACAGGAAGAGAGUAUUUUCGUACCCGCGGUAGAGGCCACGACAACCCACCGUUUUUUGCCCAUUCUAGGCUCCCUUGUUCACAGCGAAAGCACAACUGAAGAUGAAAGCAUGGACACGACCGUGGACUGCUCGGCGACGACCCAGACCGACGAAUGCAGCCAAGAGACCGCCCGCACUCCGGAAUCCUUCUUUACCAUUAGCGAUGGUGCAAUGCUGCGGCCUGUUUCCAGACAAGAAUCGCUUUCCGCGGGCGCAUCUGGCCACCCGCUAUCGCAUUGGUGCCAGGAUACCGUCGACGGGUAUUACGCGUUUGAUGAAGGUCUGCGGGUUGAAGCCGUCCCACAUGCCCUCCAAUAUAAUCAAGGGGCGGUGACGACACCCUAUAGCCAUCCAACUCAUUCGUCUCCUCCCCCACUACACUCUGUAUCCAUUUCCUCUGAGCUGCAGCAGCAGGAGGAAGAGCCAGAACGAUCGCAAGCCAAAGGCAGACUGACACGUCAGUCUGCAGUCAUGGCGUCGUCGAGUGUGACUGCGACCUCGAUUAUGGCCAAUGAAGCAGCCAAUUUAACAAAUGCACGCGUCGGCCAUCCGUCUGCCAUCUCCCAGCGCGCGAACUCGAUGAGAGCUGCACCUUCUGCCGUCAGUUUGGACGACACGACUCGUCAGACGACGCCUGGCAGCAGUCGAGGCGCCCUGUCGAAUGAGGCCGUGCAAAAGGUAGUAUUCACUGCUCACACUUGCAUUUCCAUCCAAAGCAUUCAAUUCUUGGAAACGAAUCUGGAGCGGUGGUGUCGGAAUGGCCUGUGGCGCAACUCAUCUCCGCUAAACAUGACGACCAGCUUGAGCGGGUACGAAAAGCUGCAGAGGGCGUACUCUUUUGUCUGCAGGUUGGAUACGCGCAUGAGCGAAGAUGCUAUUCGCAGUCGAAUGGCCAUGGUGACGCUGCAUCUGGAGUACGAGAAUACGUGGAAGACCAAGCCGAGCAAGCCGAAUGGCGCCUCAACCAGUGUCGGCCGGGGCCACACAAGCUCCAUCAUCGACAGAAUCCUUGAAAGUGUUCACAAGAACUGGGCCGAGUGCGAGCCGCGGGAGAGGGCCGCGCUGCGCACCAAGUUUCACGAGUGGAAGCGCUUCGGAAAGCGCUGGUGGCAGCUGGCUAGUAUCUUGGGUCCUAGCAUAAUGCUUCUCUCCUCGGCACGAUUUGCUGGCAUGAUUAAAAAUACCACGAUUACGACGGCCAUGCUCAGCGCCUUGGGACGCAGAAUCGAGGCUACCGAGCCGCACAUCAUGUCAGCUCUACGGCUAGCGGAUCCUGUCACCAAAAGUCUUUUUUGCAAUAAGGGCUAUGAGAAUCAUGACAUUAAACUACUUUUGGCACAGCUGCGCGAGACUGGUGCCCAUUUGAGAGAAGCUGGGGUUGUUCACUAG